AGAGAGAGAGAGAGAGAGACAGAAAGAGAGGGGAGUAGCUGUUGUUCUUUUUUUGUUUCAGAAAAGCCAGAGCGAGAGACAUAGAGAUACGUGAAAAAAAAGAAAAUGAAUGAAUGAAUUCAGACAAAAACCAAAUAUAUAUAUAUAUUUGAAAUCACAUUCAUUCAUUGCAUGUAAAUCUCUCAUGUCAUUCGCUUGCUUAAUUUUGCUUUUUAACCCAUCAUCAUGCAUGGUUGUGUGGUUGAAUUAAUUCAUGGGUUCUUUGCAUGAAGAAACGAAAACAAAUAUGAGUAGAAACAAAAUCCACAGCUUGGCCUCUCCCUCAAAAGAGUCAAAACCCAACUCCAUUCCCUAUUCUAAAUCCAACCCCUACAGGCUCUACCAAGUUUGGAAGGGUAACAAUAAAUUUUUGUUUGGCGGGAGAGUAAUCUUUGGUCAUGAUGCAACAUCACUAUUUUUAACUACAUUUCUAAUUGGAGGUCCUGCAAUAACAUUCUGCAUAAGAACGAUUUGUUUAAUGAUCAAAGAAGAUGAUCCUCCACUUAAAUAUCCUGUACUGAUCGGUGGAUUGGUUCUCACUGUUUUGGAUUUUACUUUUCUCUUCCUGACAUCUGGUAGAGAUCCAGGAAUAAUCCCAAGGAACUCAAAGCCACCUGAAUCAGAUGAAGCAUACACUUACACACCAUCUAUGGAGUGGAUAAAUGACAAAGUUGGUGACAUAAAAUUACCCAGGACAAAGGAUGUAACGGUCAAUGGUCACACACUAAAAGUGAAAUUCUGUGACACUUGCUUGCUUUAUCGUCCACCACGUGCUUCUCAUUGCUCUAUCUGCAAUAACUGUGUGCAGAAAUUUGAUCACCACUGUCCAUGGGUGGGUCAAUGUAUUGGAGCGCGUAACUAUCCAUUCUUCAUAAUGUUUAUAUUGUCAUCAACCCUCUUGUGUAUAUAUGUGUUUGCGUUUUCUAUGGUCGACAUUCUUCAGCAAAAACGCACUUUGUGGACUGCAGUGUCACAUAAUAUACUAUCAGUAAUCCUCCUACUAUAUUGCUUCAUAGCUGUCUGGUUUGUUGGUGGGCUCACCCUCUUCCAUUUUUAUCUGAUUUGCACCAACCAGACAACUUAUGAGAAUUUUCGGUACCACUACGAUAAGAAGGAAAACCCAUUUACUAAAGGGAUAAUAGGGAACAUCAAAGAGGGAUUCUUUUCUAAGCUCCCACCUUCAUUGAUAAAUUUCCGAGCCUGGGUGUCUGAAAAUGGGUACCCAGCACAGGUAUCUGUCAGUUCAGAUCUUGAUGGAGGCUGCAAUAGCUCCAAAGAGAAAUUUGAUAUUGAAAAGGGAAAUAAGCCUGGCGAGGAUGGUGAUGCCUCGGUUCCUUAUAUUUUACAGAAUUUGGAUUACACUGGUAUUGAUGAUAAUUUGAAGAGUCAGAUGGAAGACGGAGAUACUGGAUCUGAUCCAAAUUCCAAAGCUUCUGGUCAAGAACCGAGUCAUUCACGUUGGACUUCCACUGUUGGAGGUAUAACUAUUGAUGAGAUGUCUCAGUAGCUUCCAUUGGAACAUCACUGAUUAUUCUGAGAUAAAGGUUGGACUGCUAGCUCAUGUUCUAAUCAGCACUUGCAUUUCAGAUCAUAUUAGUUGAUGGAUUAAAAAGCUGGUUUGCCGAUGAUUGAUACUAAAAUGAAAGGUUGGUCAUGUAGAUGUAAUGUACUCUGUAAAUUUUAAAAAAACAAAAAGAAGCAAGCAAAUGAUUUAAGUCAUUCUUCUGUCUAACAUAUCCAAAAGCUGUUUUCAGUAGUGAAAAUAGUUGGGGGAAAAAAUCAAUGCUUGUAAAUUAGCAUUUCCACUGCAUACUAUCGAUGCAGACAUAAGAAUGAAGUUUCA